CCUGGUUUGGCCUCACCCUCAACUAUUAUAAAACAAAGUGGAGUGAACUCGAAAGACAGCAGGUGCGAACGACGCUUGCAGUGGAGACGGGUAAGGAGAAGACGGAGACCGUGAGGAAGCCUGUGCUGGUAAACUCGACCAAGAGACAGAGAGUGUAGGGAAGAUCGUGGUGGCUGUGGACUGCUGGCUGAAGGCAAGCUUAAUCGAGAAAGCUAAGCGGGUUCCACGCUCAGCAACCUCGACAGAGGGGAGAAGUGCGUGAGUGCGACAAGAAGAUGGUGGACUCGGCCGAAAUGAACAACGUGAACUUGAUCAAGGUGAAGGAGGGUGGGGUCGACCGAGGCGGAUGGAGUUGGAUGUGGUGGACGGAGACGACGGAGAGAGCUAAUAAGGAGAGCGACCACUCUGUGAGACGACGGAGAGCUGGCGGUGGACUCGAUGCUGAGCCUUAAGCAGUGAAGUGGCCGUUUCGUCGUCGCCUCUUAGGAGAAGACGGUGGGCGUUAAGGAGGUCAAGUUUGCCUUGGCUUUCCACAGGUAGUCAUAGGUCGCGGAGGAAUCCGAAUCGGCAGGUGACGCGACCGUGAAAACGAACUAGAAGUACGAGUUGAGCAAGGAGUCGGUGGAGAGAUGUAGAGGUACAGGCUGGAGCUGGUGUGCCUGCAAUAAUUACCGAAGAGGUGUUGCCAGGUGGUAUUAAGGUUGGUCGGUUGUGGCCUAUAUAUUUUGCUAAACUAAUCUUAACAAUCUACCAUUGUUCUUUUUA